ACAGUGAUUGAAUGGCCAAAACAGAGAAGUGGAAUUAACCCUUACUGAAAGCAUUUUUUGCUUCUUGGUACUUGACUCAUUUGUGGUGAAACAAUUUGAAGUUUGACAGGCCACAGUAAACACGGGUGUACAGGAACCAGUUACCAUGGAAGCCAGGGAACUUGGAAGUCCCACACCCACCUACCAUCUUCUCCCCAAGGCCAACCAACACACUGUAAAAGAAGAUGCCAGCUCACCAUCUCAGGGGUCUCCAGAAACUAUGCAGCUGAAGAAGGAGAUCUCUUUGCUGAACGGGGUCAGCCUGGUGGUGGGCAACAUGAUUGGCUCAGGGAUCUUCGUCUCACCCAAGGGUGUUUUAAAAUAUACUGCCUCCUAUGGGUUGUCACUAAUUGUGUGGGCCAUUGGUGGGCUCUUCUCUGUUGUGGGUGCCCUUUGUUAUGCAGAACUGGGAACUACUAUUACCAAGUCAGGGGCCAGCUAUGCUUACAUUCUAGAGGCCUUUGGGGGCUUCAUUGCCUUUAUCCGUCUGUGGGUCUCACUUCUAAUUGUUGAGCCCACCAGUCAGGCCAUCAUCGCCAUCACCUUCGCCAACUACAUCAUCAAGCCCUCCUUCCCCACUUGUGAUCCUCCAUAUGUGGCCUGCCGUCUCCUUGCUGCUGCCUGCAUAUGUCUGCUCACAUUUGUGAACUGUGCCUAUGUCAAGUGGGGCACACGAGUACAAGACACAUUCACGUAUGCCAAGGUCGUGGCACUCAUUGCCAUCAUUGUCAUGGGAUUUGUUAAACUGUGCCAGGGACACACUGAGCACUUUCAGGAUGCCUUUGAGGGUUCCUCGUGGGAUAUGGGAAACCUCUCUCUUGCCCUCUACUCUGCCCUCUUCUCUUACUCAGGUUGGGACACCCUUAAUUUUGUAACAGAAGAAAUCAAAAACCCAGAAAGAAAUUUGCCAUUGGCCAUUGGGAUUUCAAUGCCAAUUGUGACACUCAUCUACAUCCUGACAAAUGUGGCCUAUUACACAGUGUUGAACAUUCAAGAUGUCCAGGAGAGUGAUGCAGUGGCUGUGACAUUUGCUGACCAGACAUUUGGCAUGUUCAGUUGGACCAUCCCCAUUGCUGUUGCCCUGUCAUGCUUUGGGGGCCUAAAUGCAUCCAUCUUUGCUUCAUCAAGGUUGUUUUUCGUGGGCUCUCGUGAGGGCCACCUCCCGAACCUUCUGUCCAUGAUCCAUAUUGAGCGUUUUACACCUGUGCCUGCUUUAUUAUUCAAUUGCACCAUGGCACUUAUCUACCUGGUCGUGAAAGAUGUUUUCCUGCUCAUCAACUACUUCAGCUUCAGCUACUGGUUUUUUGUGGGCUUAUCUGUUGUUGGACAGCUCUACCUUCGUUGGAAAGAGCCUGACUGGCCUAGACCUCUCAAGCUGAGCCUCUUUUUUCCCAUUGUGUACUGCAUAUGCUCCUUGUUUUUGGUGGCCGUACCCCUCUUCAGUGACACCAUCAAUUCCCUCAUUGGCAUUGGGAUUGCCCUCUCUGGGGUCCCUGUCUACUUCAUGGGUGUUUACCUGCCAGAGUCCCGGAGGCCACUCUUUAUUAGGAAUGUUCUGGCUACGGUCACCAGAUUAACCCAGAAGCUUUGUUUUUGCGUCUUGACUGAGCUAGAUGUAGAUGAAGAGAAAAAUGUUGAGAGGAAAGAAAACUGACUAGAAGCCAGAGAUGACAUUCCCUGAAGCCCGGAGGCUGUGACCACAGCCAUCAAAGACCAGUUACCUAACCCUUCUCAAUGAAAGGAGCCUCUUGGCCCACAUUCUGUAAGGGG